UUUAUCCUUCCUUGUUCAUUUGCAACAGUCCAUGUAACUGUUAGAUCACAAAUUCUAAAAACGCAUCAUAAUUCCGGUUGAAUCGGUUCCCUGUUUAUUACAAUAUUUUCCUACCUUCAUGUUUCCCCGAAGGUAACUGAAAACAUUGUCCUUGUCAAGAUUUUGAUUCAGAGGCAGAUUUAGCAGAAAAAUGGCCUUACAUAGCUGCAUUUUAUGUACGCUUUCUUGACUUACCUCCCUUGCGGCGCUGACAGCUUCCGGCCUAAAUUAAUGGCUGAAUAUCUGUCAAAUGGAUUACAAAUGCUCGAUGUUUUGUUUGUUACGGGCUCAUGGUGACCGACAGAUUUUAAAUUUUGGCAUCUAGGAUGUCGCAAAGACAGAGUGUAUAGAGUUGUGACAUAGAUCUGCUUCAGGAGUAGAAGAUUGACAGCCCUUUCUGAGUAGAUGACAAUGCCAUCUGCAAAUCUCGUCAUGAAUGAAGUGGACGUGGUCAAACUCAUCUGUGAGUUUCUCCACAACAGGCAGCUCAACAUCUCGAUGUUGUCCAUGGAGCGAGAGACAGGAAUCAUUAACGGCCUUUUCUCUGACGAUAUGCUGUUCCUCAGACAACUCAUUCUCGACGGACAGUGGGAUGACGUCAUCGAGUUCAUCCAGCCUCUCAUCACUGUGGACAACUUUGACAUGAAGGGGUUCCAGUUCACCAUAAUGAAACAUAAGUAUCUGGAGUUGUUGUGCAUUAAAUCUGAACCUAAUGUGAUGCAGAAUUACGAGUUCACUGUGGAGGAGGUGGUGAAAUGUUUGAACUCCCUCGAAGAGUUCUGUCCCAGCAAGGAGGAAUACAGCAACCUCUGUUUUCUUCUGUCUCUCCCUAAACUCUCGGACCAUGUUGAAUUCCAGAACUGGAACCCAAGCAAUGCCCGAAGUCAGUGCUUUAAUGACAUCGCGCUGGUGGAGAAGUUCCUCCCGUGGCAGGAGGGACUUGAAGAACAGCACGCCCAGAAUGACCGUCUCAUCCAGCUGGUGCUUAAGGGACUCCUUUACGAGUCUUGUGUUGAAUACUGCCAGCAGCAGGCCACUAAUGAUGAAAGUGAGAUCAAGUUCUCAUCUGUUCUGAGUGACACGGGAUUCAAUGAUGCUGAUCUUAGUCUGUUGUCAUGGUUACAGAGCAUCCCAUACGAUACCUUCUCAUGCCCCUUUGAACAGAAGCCCCUGAAUGUAGAUAUUCGACCAUUUGUAAGACCUUCACUGGAGGCUUCUUGGUCAGAGCAGAUCCUGGUCACGUCCAUCAAACCUAAGAUGUUUCCUCACUCAGCUAUUCCAUCAGUCAGGCCGCGGUCAGCAGAGAUCAUGACGCGGUCACUAAACCCACAGUUUGAUGGACUCACAAGCGGGCUGUUCCAGGGGCGGAAGGACAGCAUGUCAACUUCUAAUGACUUCAACAUCCUCUCUAGAUCAAUGGCCCCCGGAACCAACCUCAACAAUUCCUUGAAGAAUCCAAUGCUUAUGUCUGUUGACAAACUGUUUGCCACUGGUGAAAUUGUAGACACUCACACUUCUAUAUCUGAUGAAAUCAAAUCACCACUGCGAAUUCCUCCGGGGAAACCACCAGUGAGAAGUUCAACACCUCCAACUGCUUCACCCAGAGGUCAGGUUCAAGGUCAGGUCCAACCAGGAUCAGUAGUUAACCCCCCUAGAUCAAUGUCACCGUCACAGAGUGUGACAAUGGAUUCCAGGAUGUCCCCAAGUGUGCAAGGGAACUCUGUGCAAGGCAACUCUGUGCAUGACUCCAGCAAUGAGCUGUACAAGGAGUACCAGAGGCAGAGACAGCUUCUACAGGACCAGCUUGAACUCCAGGUGGCAGCCAACAUGAUCUACCAGAAGGAGCUGCAGGAGAUUGAGAGCAAGCAGCAACACCUCCUUGUGGACAACCGCUACAAUGAUGACCCCCCACCCCCACCUUCCCUCAGAUUGGGGAGUCACACCCAGGAUAGAUUGAAAAUCAGCACGCCUAAAGUCUUGCCUUCAACAUCAUCCCCCAUAGUGUCUCAAACAUCACCCAUCACAUCUCAGGAAAAUGCUCAUCCCCAUCCCCCUCAAGCCACCCCACAGGUUGUCCCCCAGGCUGCCUCGCAGGUGCCCCAAGGACACCCCCAGGGCCUGAAUCUCACACCGCACUCCAGUAUUUCACAGUCCCCCUCUCAACAAACAGAAGUGUCGCAGCGCUGGGAACACGCCCACUUCCCCCUCUCCCUCUCCGAAUCCAUCUCCUUCAGUCAGAAGGAGGCAGCUGUCGAGAAAAAACGAAUACCGCCUGAUUCUUCUCGUGUUCCUCAUGAGAAAUACUCAACUCUGCCCCGAUCGUACGGUCGGAGUAGUGUCCAUGCUGCUGACUCGGCUGCUAAGUUACGUGAUGACAGUUCCCGAGUAGGGGCAAAGACCCCGGUGUUUAAUGGAUCUCCUGCAAUGACAAAAAGAAAUAUUAAAAGUCCAAAACCUGCAACUUCUCCGACCAAAGGAGACGCACGAAGUCUGAGUGUACCAGAUGGGUCAAGGUCCAAGACAUUGCCUUUACCAGCUCGGAACAAGGCCAAGGUCACUGCCAGUAAGACAGGUGCCCAGUCUAAAACCACCAAGCCUGCCCCAGUGGUAAAAGAUGACCAGAAGAGCGGCAAUCUACAGAUGUCGCAGCUGACUGGACCCCCUCAGUCUACCACACCCAGGGGCGGGAAUCGGCCGCGCUUCGUGGCGGUGUCCACCCUCGAGGAUCAGCAGGCUAUCAGGAUGGCCUUCCAUCCUAAUGGAGACUUCUACGUUGUCGGCUCCAACUCCAAGAUGCUCCGUAUCUGUCGUUUCCCAGACACCUCAGCCCUUAGAGAGGAUCACGUGACCCAGGAAGCAGUCGUGGUCCACAAGAGCAUUAGGCAUCACAAAGGCUCCAUCUACUGCGCGGCCUGGAACCCCCUCGGGGACCUCAUCGCCACCGGCUCCAACGACAAGACCAUCAAGCUGAUGCGCUUCAACACAGAUGCGGCUAAGCCAGAUGGUGCAGAACUGGAGUUAUCUUUCCAUGACGGCACCAUUCGCGAUGUGGUGUUCAUGCAGGACACAACCAACAGAUCGUCGCUGCUCAUCAGUGGCGGUGCAGGUGACUGUAAGAUCUACGCGUCUGACUGCGAGACUGGGACACCAAUCAGAGCCAUGACAGGACACACAGGUCAUGUGUACGCUCUGCACACCUGGGGAGGAUGUAUGUUCGUGAGUGGAUCGCAAGACAAGACGGCUCGCUUCUGGGACCUGCGAGCGUCCACUGCCAUUACUGUAGUAGCCAGCCAGACAGGCAGUCCGUUCGCCUCAGUGUGCGUGGACCCGUCAGGCCGCCUUCUGGCGUCUGGACAUGAGGACGGAGUGGCCAUGCUGUACGAUAUCCGGGGGGCCAAGGUGGUCCAGACAUUCAAGCCACACACCAGCGAGUGCCGAUCAGCUCGCUUCUCGAUGAAUGCCUACUACCUUCUCUCUGGUUCCUACGACGGCCGGGUUGUACUCACCGACCUUCAUGGUGACCUUUUCCGACCCCUCCCGAGUGUGGUGGUUGCGGAGCACAGAGACAAGGUCAUCCAGUGUCGCUGGCAUCCCUCGCAGCUGGCUUUCCUCACAACUAGUGCUGAUCGUACAGUCGUCAGCUGGGCACUUCCUGCCAGUUAAACUGAAAGGUCACAUGAAAAGUCAAGGACAGUGUUUCACAAGGGGUCAUACAGAUCCUGAUCAUUUGUCAUCAGCUGUGUUUCAGGGUCAAGAGUAUGACAUAUUUUGUGUAAAUCUGUUUCUAGAUAUUCAUAUGUUUCAGUUAAUGUCAGGUGAGAUAUUCACAGAUUUCUCAACAAUUGUCUCAAAAACCUCUCUUUCAUUGUGGAAAUAUGUUAGCAAAAAUAUUCUUCUACAUCAAAUGAUCUGGAUGAUGUAAAGUAAUUACUGAUAGAUUGUAUCCGAAUACAAAUCACAAAGUGAUGACACUUUAAAUUUUUUUAUCUUAACUAGUUAAUAUCCUGAUAUUCAAUCUGAUAUGUCUGACAUCUCCACCUCUAUCUGAAGUCACUGAAGAGCUUGUCUUCACCAGGUGUUGACUGCACGGUUAUCUCCCUUGUAUCUGAUGAUGUCAUUGUAUCACGGUGCCACCAUGGUGAAGUGUUGUUUUGUUCACCAGUGUCCAUACUGCAUACAGUAUGUGUUGUGUCAUCGUUAUGUUCAGGGCCUGCUACCAUACUGUGUCAGUCAUCACCCACGACAGUAUGUGGCAGUGCCCCAAACUGAAUUGUGUACCUUUUUAUCAUAUGUAUAAGUGUUGAUUUAUGUGUGUUGUGAUGACAUUGGUUGAAGGACUGAUUGUUGAGACUCAAUGUUCUUUUGAAACCUGUGAAAACACUUUUGAUGUAACCGUGCUGCUAAUGUUUACUUUGUGUAUCCAUGGUGAUAAUAUAGAUCUACUUUUUGUGUAUCCAUGGUGAUAACAUAGAUCUACCUUUGUGUAUCCAUGGUUAUAACAUAGAUCUACUUUUGUGUAUCCAUGGAGAUGAUAUAGAUAUACUUUUGUGUAUCCAUGGUGAUAACAUAGAUCUACCUUUGUGUAUCCAUGGUGAUAACAUAGAUCUACCUUUGUGUAUCCAUGGUGAUAACAUAGAUCUACCUUUGUGUAUCCAUGGUGAUACUCUCUACUUGUGUUCAUGGUGAUAUACUUCUCAUAAUGAUGGUGAUAGCUUACAUAUGAAUAAUUUGGUGUAUCCAUCGUGAUAAUCUCUGCUCUUGUGUAUCCAUAGUGAUAAUCUUUGCUUUUGUGUAUCCAUGGUGAUGUCAUUGAUAUGCAGUUCAUACACCAGCACAACCAUGGUAACCAGUCUGUGUAGCAUGUCCAUGUGUUAAUGUACACAGUUGUUGUGUGAUGCUGUCAGUCUCCACAUGGAUGAGAUAUCUGGAAGUAUUGGAUCUGAGCUGAGUAUUUCAGUAACUGUGUGCCAUAUUCCAGAACCAGCGAUGCAGGCACAGCAGACAUAUUGGUUGUGCUAACCCCUUAGUUUCGGGUCAUGUGUAACUUUUCGUAUAACCAUCUUUUUGCAUGCAUGAUAUGGAGAACUUUCUUGCAGUUUCUAGAAGCUGAUGCUGUCAACAUGAAGCUGUAAUGUGUUCCUCGAUGUACAUUUUCAUUUUGUAAUGAAUCAUACCCUGGACUUGUUGCCUCCGAUACAUCAUGUAGGAAGUGACUUCCCGGUUCCAGCUCAUUAUCACCUAUCUAGAGUAUUCCUCCUGCUCAUGAGCUUCAAAUCAACAACCAAUCAAAAGACAUCACCCAAGUUUGCACAGAUCUAUUUCAAAAUUCACAAUCCUAUCCAAGCGAGCCUUUGAUCUAUCUAGAUGAAUCACAAUGCUGUUAUGAAUGAUUGUUUGAUAGGGAAAGAUGUUUUACUGAGAACUGGGUUGUGUUUGUGAGGACAUAGAGUUGAGAUGCAGACUUGUGAUAUCGCUUCUUAUAACCAUGGGAGAACAUUGCAGUUUGAUUCUACAUCUGUAAUUGGAGCUGUGUCAUUCAAACUGAACACUGAACAAAGCGGUAGUGGAGAAUAGGUCCAGGGUAUGUAUCAUAUCAGAAUGGAGGUACGAUAUGGGGUUCAUCAUGGAUGUUCCAGAGGGGUUAAAGAUGGCGGUGAUUGUCCCCAUCCAUGACUGAUAGGUCCCACUAGGUCCACUCACUGUGGCAUACAAGACAGUUAACCUUGUAUAUUCCUGUACACCCUGUCAGGGGCACACACAAAGAAUUUAUCAUCAACAAAUUCUCAAUUAAAAUGACUUCCUCAUGUACCGUGAUCUACGUUGAUGUCACGUGUAUGGAUUAAAUCACAUACAUGGUUGUCACUAGUUACAAGUAAAGGCAGUGUUUGUCUGAUGAUAUGCAUUAAUCUGUUAUGUUUGUAUGCAAAGACAAAUAAAUGUAAUUUAUUAA